AUGUGGCGAGAGAUGCUUUCGCGAAGAGAAAAAAUACAAGUAGAGGAAUUAGAAGGAAACGAAAUAACGAGCACAUUCUACGUCGGCGACGCGGCGAAUCGUCCGCAGGACCACUCCGACGCCGAUAUCGCUUUCGCUCGAAACUGCAACGUUGAAUUUUUCCUCCCGGAACAGUUCUUCGAAGGCGGGGCCUUUCGAAAGUUUCUUCAACGUCUCGAAACCGACAAAGACGACGACGACGAUUCACCACCAAAAGAAGAAACGGAAGAAGAAAAACAAAAAGGAGUGACACGAGGAGAUUAG